CUAAGACGCAUGAAUUUAUCUUUAUGUGAGUGUCUUUAGCUUUUAGUUGAUCAUAUCCUCCAUUUCGAACAUGACUGAGAGCCAUGAAUUUACUUUUAUUAUAUGAGUGUUUUUACCUUCUAUUUUGGAAUGCCCUCCAUUUUGACCAGGACUAAGGAGCAUUUAUGUCAGUGUUUUGACCCUUUAUUUGUUCGUCUCCUCCAUUUUGAGCCAGACUAAGGACCAUGGCUUUAUCUGGCAACCUUUUAGAAAAGACGAAAUUUACAGCAUUCCGCAAUACAAAACCAAUCCCUAUGGAAACCUCUUCAUCCUCUGAUGACAGCUGUGACAGUUUUGGCUCUGAUAAUUUUGCAAACACAAAAUCCAGUUUCAAGCCAGAAGUUACAGAAGAAGUGGCCAAGAUCUUUAAUGAGGAUUCAGAUGAUGAGUCAUUCUGUGGUUUUUCAGAAAGUGAGAUUCAGGAUGCACUGAAACUGGAAACAGAUUCUGAAGAAAAUGAUGAGAGUGAUGAAGCUGAAUAUCUGCGUAAGAGACCACAGAAAUGCACUGUCCCUCUUAAAGUUGCUAUGAAGUUUCCACCUCGGAAGUCUAAGAGGGGGAAGAAUGAAAUAACUCCACCCCCUAAAAUUUCCUGUGAACAGGACCUGCAUUCAGAUUCGGAUGAAGAAAGAGGCCCGGCAUUCUUAGAGAAAAGAGCUUUAAAUAUAAAGGAGAACAGAGCCAUGCUUGCAAAAUUAAUGGCAGAAUUAAAAAGCGUUCCUGGGAUUUUUACUGGAAAGGGUCCACUAGCGACUCCUACUUUGAAACCACAGAGGUCUCCGAGGAAAUCAUUUCCCAGAAGUGCUUUAAGGAGGAAUCCAGAAAGAAGUUCUAGGCCUCAUACAAGAUCAAGAUCCCUGAUAGAAGGUCCUCCAAGCCCCAUGCAAGAGAAACAGGAGGAAGAUCCUUACAUUUUAGUGAGAAGGAAAAUGUCUGAUGAAUACUUUGAGGAUGAAAUGGAUGUUCCCAGAAGAAAACGCCCUAGUGCUAUGACUCUUCCCCAUAUUAUCCGUCCAGUCGAAGAAAUAACUCAGAAAGAGUUGGAUAACAUCUGUGAAACUGUCAGAGAUAAAGUGUACAACCGUGUGAUGGGUUCCACUUGUCAUCAGUGUCGCCAGAAAACUACGGACACAAAGACAAACUGCCGCAAUCCAGAAUGUUUAGGAGUACGUGGUCAGUUCUGUGGACCUUGUCUUCGCAAUCGCUAUGGAGAGGAAGUCAGGACAGCUUUGUUGGAUCCGAACUGGUAUUGUCCACCUUGCCGUGGGAUCUGCAACUGCAGCUUCUGCAGGCAACGGGAAGGACGAUGUGCUACAGGUGUGCUGGUUUACUUGGCGAAGUACCAUGGCUAUGACAAUGUCCAUGCCUACUUGAAAAGCCUGAAGCAAGAACUUGAAAUGCAAGAAUGAAAUUCCUGACACUGCUCUUCAGUCAACUUACACCAAUUUAGCAUUGUCUUUGAAGUUUUUCAACAUUUAAAUUUUUUGUAUUUUUUAAACUAUUCUCAGUGUUUUAAAAAGGGGGAACAAAAGUAACUCAGUUGUGUUGUUUGACUGAAAUUCCUUAUUACAGGAUGUGAGUUUGUACUGUUUUCAAGUAGACGUUUUUCAAGUCUUUCAUUCUGCUGUACAUGGAGAUACUUGUUCAACUUAGGUGGAUGGUACUCACACAGAAGCUCUUAACACUUACCAUUCAGCUCUGCUGAAUCUCACUGUGUCAGGACCUUGCAUUUUUGCAAAGCAGCUGAUGGGGAUUACCUGAUUAAGAGUCUGUGGCUGAAAUUCUGUAUGGUUUAGGAGAGUCUAGUAGUAAUUAGGCUGAUCCAUAUACCUAGCCGCAGGCCACUACCUGCUUUGUGAGAUUGCAGAAGCAUCUAUGUUCCAAUAGAUAGAUAUGAAAUGAUUAUAUCAGUUCUGAGACCUCGGAGAUCCUGGUAGAUGUCAGUACAUUCAUGCCCAUCAUUUUGCAUCUGGCUUACAGGAUGGAGUCAAAUGGUUUUGAGAUCCUGUCUGCUCCUCAUGAAGCAGUGAACUUGGGAAGAUUUUAGAGGUUGUUCACUAAGUUGGGGUGGGGGAGCUUUAGGCACUGCAGAGAGAGAAAGGGGAAUACCAACCUCUACAGCACCCCCCAAAAGAUUCAUAAACAUGUAGGGGAAACUUAAAUCUGCUCUGUGAUUGCUUUCAGUCUAAUCUCCACUUUUGGGGUUUCUCUAGUAUACCAUCUGUAAUAGCUCUAGUAACAAACCAUACAAAUAAUUUGCUGUUAAAGCUGUUAUAAUGUUGAUAUCUCUGACUGAAACCAAAUUAAUACUGCAGAAUGAGUUAAACUCAGGGGACCUAGUUUGUUGAAAGGAUCUGUGAAAAUUGAUAUUUAAAUUUCAAGUUUUGUUCAUUGUGCCAUUUUAAUAACAAUGAAGUCCAGUUUAUCAACCAUGUUAAAGAGAAUCCUUAGUUGUUUUUAUAAUCUUAAUGCAUGUUUGGAUAGAUAAUGAAAGGAAGGGAUGACCAGCUGAUUAUAAUUUUUCCCUUGUGAAAAGAUGUUGAACCAUUGUUGUUGGGCAAUUGAUAAGGAAUAUGGGAAAGUGCACAAACUAAUUUUUGAGGGGUAGUUCAUGCAGUGGCCAAGCCUCAUAUGUAAUAUAUUACAAGUUAAAGUCCCUUCAGCUCCCUUUUGAUUGAACUUAGUAUCUAAUAUAAAGUAUAAUAUGCAUGGGCCAUGUUAACUUUUCCAAAAAUUCAGGCGAGGAAAGUGUGAGAGCAUGGCUUACCUGUAUCCCUGUGUAAACCUUUCAUCAUAUUUUAUGUUCGAUGAGUGAUAAGGGGUAUGCAUAAGUCAAGAUUGGUUUCACACAUCAUUGCAUGCAGUGGUGCCUCAAAGCUAAAAGCAUGAAGAGGAAGUAUGCUAGCCUGAUGCCAUGGAGCCCCCCCAGAAUAAGAACUACUCCAUUUUGAAAAUGUCAGCUUUUGUGUGUGGAUAGCAGCUGAAAUAAUGACACCCUGCCCAUGUCUAUUUACCUUAUUGAGGAUUUAUUCAAACCACUCAGGGUGUUCACUGUUGCAAUUCAACUAUGGAUAGGUUCAUCUGUAACAGUACAUGAAGAUUAUCCUACUAAGGCAAUAGAAAUGCCUAUACUAUUUCAAACAACAUUUAUUGAUAAAAGUGGGCCUUGCAUGUUACGCAUCAGUAACGAGGACUGUUGCUUUCAGUUACAUAAUUCAUGUUGAAAAAAACUGACAUUGAACUUAGUUAAUCAAAAUGUUCUUCAUAUAUAAUGAGCUACAAUACUUGCAGUGAAAAGAGCAGCAUUAAUGGUGGCAAAACUCAUUUACUCCUAAAUUUUGCUUUGCUUCAUAAUGAGUGAUGGGCAGCUUGUAGCUCUCCAAGAGAUACAGACCUGCAAUUCUCCAUCAGCCCUAGGCAGCACAGCUAAUCAUUAAGGAUGAUGGAUGCUGUAGUCUAGCAACACCUAGAGGCCCAUAAGUUUCCAACUCUAGCUCUGAAUCUGUCUUGACUUUUUAGAUAAGUAGAUUUAAAAACCUGAUUAAACAGCCAAGUGCUAUGUCAUUUGGAUUUUGUGCAGGCUUGCUUUAAGCACAACACGAUGUUCAUGUUUUGUCUUCAGUAGUUUCAUUAACACUGUAAAUACAUUGUGAUCUAAGAAGCUCAUGACAAUAAAAAUGUUGCUUAGAUGUGA